GCCCUGUACCUGCUGCUAUUGUGGGUCUCAGCACUACGAAGAAGACAAUACACUCUCUGGGCUCCAAGUUAGAUGUUUCGGUUCCUGCCUUCAGCAUUUAGUAAUUCGCCUCCCGGCCGGUAAUUUACACCUUCAUCUGAAUUUUGACUGAGCAGCUUUGGAAGCAACUUGUUAAAACAUCGACCCCGGGCUCCGCUCGAAGGAAUGCAGCUAAACAACGAAACCUGCGACCGGAAAUAAGCCAAAAACAAACAAAAAAAAAAAAAACAACAACAACAACGUUUUAUGAGGAUGGAUGACUUAAUUCCUGGCCGCCUGUCGUCAAACUGCAGGCCGCCUGUCAGGGGAGUUUCACCCGAUGAAAAUACUCCCGCUGGGAAAGCUCCGUGUCAGGUACCCGUGAAAAAGCAAGCCGUGAAGAGACACCACCACAAGCACAACCUGAAGCACAGGUACGAGUUUCUGGAGACCCUCGGGAAAGGAACCUAUGGCAAGGUGAAGAAAGCCAAGGAAAGAUCCGGUAGACUGGUUGCCAUAAAGUCCAUCAGAAAGGAGAAGAUCAAGGAUGAACAAGACCUGGUUCAUAUUCGCAGAGAGAUUGAGAUCAUGUCCUCACUCUGCCACCCGCACAUCACCACCAUAUAUGAAGUAUUUGAAAACAAGGACAAAAUUGUGAUUGUGAUGGAGUAUGCCAGCCGAGGGGACCUGUACGAUUACAUCUGUGACAAGAGACACAUCUCUGAACGGGAGGCCAGGCACUUCUUCAGACAAAUUGUAUCAGCUGUGCACUACUGCCAUCAGAAUGGAAUAGUACACCGGGACCUGAAACUGGAGAACAUUUUACUAGAUGGCAACGGCAAUGUUAAGAUCGCAGACUUCGGCCUGUCAAACCUCUACCAUGGCGAUGAGUUUCUUCAAACUUUUUGUGGCAGCCCUCUGUAUGCUUCCCCAGAGAUUGUCAACGGACGGCCGUACCAUGGUCCCGAGGUGGACACUUGGUCUCUAGGCGUAUUGUUAUAUACAAUGGUUCAUGGCACCAUGCCAUUUGAUGGAAAAAACCACAAGACACUGGUUCAGCAGAUUAGUACUGGAAACUACCGUAAACCCAAUAACCCUUCUGAUGCAUGUGGGCUUAUCCGUUGGAUGCUGAUGGUAAAUCCUGAGCGCAGAGCUACAAUAGAGGAGAUUGCAGGACACUGGUGGCUCAACUGGGGUUACCAGCAGCCAUUACUGGCAGAGACAAAGACCAGUACACCAGAGCAGACCUCUUCACCAGUCUCUCCAUCAACAUCACACCCUGCUGGCCUGGCCAGUGUAGCUAGUUGGCUGCGUCGUACAUCCAGGCCUUUGCUGGAAAACGGCUCAAAGAUGCGCUGCCUUCUCCGCUCACAGGGUGGUGGUGGUGGAGGAGGGGAUGUAAUCCGGCAGCGCUCUCUGCGAAGGUCACGUAAGGAAAACAACGUCUCCCAGACAGUUCAUGAAGGAAGCACAGACAGUCGCCCCUCAAAGGGUAUUCUAAAGAAGCGUAACAGUGUGAAACAGAAAGUGAUAAGUGAAAACUCAGUUGCAGGUCCAAUGGAGCCUCAGAACAUUUUGGGUUUGUCUGCACCGUCUAACACCCCUUCAGCUGCAUUGCUUCCUCGCAAGGGUAUCCUAAAGAAGCCCACAGAGCAAGAGUCAGGAUACUACUCCUCCUCUCCUGAGAACAGUGACUCUGGCUGGGUACCACAAACUAAAGAGUGUCCUUCAGCACCAACCUACAGGAAGGGGAUUCUGAAGCGUAAUGGAAAGUUCUCCUCGGGUGGGUUGCAGGAGUUUGGCUCUCUAGACCAGCUGGCAGCUUCUCUACCCUGUGGGGUUGCCAGGUCAAGACCAAGUGGGGCCAUCAGCGAGGACAGCAUUCUGUCUUCAGAGUCCUUUGACCAGCUGGAUCUGCCAGACCGCGUGGGACCUUCAACGCAAAUGGAUAAACCAGUCAAGGCUCGCAUGAGAGGAUGCGUGUCUGCGGACAACCUGCUGGACAUCCAAGAAGACGGGAUUCUUGGGGAUGGGUUGCUGAGGCCCUGGAACUGCUAUGAGUCCGGAGUGGCUGACAGUGCCUUUUCCAUCACUGACUGUGAUAAUGUAACGGAGGCUUACAAACAGGCCAUGGUUAUACGAGGCUCUGCAGCAAGCUGAAGACCAGUAAUCAGUGACAGACGCUGACUAAAGAAUCGUCUUUCAUAAAUAAUUUUUAAAUGACUGCAAACUACUAAAGACAAGUCAGCCAAAGUGCAUUAUGUGAAACUACCAGCAUGCUGUGUCAUUCUGGCAAACUUAAGGGAUUGCGCAGCACCAAAAAGGGAGGAGGCUUCUUGUUAAACAUCAGAUUGUAUUUAAGAUGGCAAAUGAUAAAUGAUGCUUUUGCGUAAGGCAGGUUAAAAAUAACCAGAUGACACGGUGUUUUAUAAAUCUGUUGAAAAUGUCCAUUUCAAAGAUUCUCAGGAGAAGAGAGCUGCUGUUGGUCAAUCAGGAGCUCUAACUUUCAGCACGAGAGCUCACUAUCAAAAGUGUCGUUUAUGAGGAAAUGCACCUUGAAACCAAAACACUGGUCUGAGUUUGUGGGACAUAUUACUUGAGUGACGGUAAAUUAGAAGACUAGUCUUUUUACACAGUCACAAUAGGACUGGUAUUUGAAUAUUGCUUCUUUUGCCUUGUUUACAACUGCAGGAUACUUUCAAGUCACAAAGUCAGUAUCUUUUAUUAUCCACAGAUCAGAGAAAGUGUUUAUAACUUAAUAGCUCUUUUGGAAUCUAGCUUUGUGAUAGUUGACCAUCGGUCACCAUCAUGUUUAUCUAGGUUAACAGCAAUAAAACACAGGUUCAUUGUUUGGAUAGGCUCAUGUACCAUAUAUUACAGAUUUUUACUGAGUUUUAGGAUGUUGGGGAAAAUGACAUUUCAUUGAUACCAAAGAAGUAAUGUUAUUGGACCUUUUUGUUCAUCUCUAUUUAAAGCACUUGGAAAAAAGUGCCAGGAGGACAUUUGUUUGUCACAGGGAUGUCAGCUCUCAAAGAGCAUUUCUUUUCUUCUUUUUUUUAUUGUUGUUGUUUUUUCAAAAUGACUUGUUCUAAGUUUGGGUAAUGACUUGAAUAAUAAUCAUGACUCAUCUGAGUCACAACAAAAAGAACCAGUAGAACCUGCUUUUGCUCCCAAGCCUGGCCACUGACUGUAUGUAUACAGGUGGCUGUUUCACAGUAAAAGGUGGGGCUGAUUAAGUCGAAUUUGAAAGUCAAAAUUUGGAAAACGGCAACUUGUGUUCGAAAGUGAAUCGUAACGUGUAACCUUUAAACUGAAUUUUGAAGAUCAGUCAUGGAGCUUAGGUUAAAUUGAACUUUGCAUUUUAAUUUAAAAAAACACCUGGGGUGGUACAGUAUUUCACAAGGCCGGAUCAGAAGUUCACCCAUCUGUUAAAACAAACAAAAAAAAAAAGCGUAUUAUGCUGCAUCCUGGUGACUCAAACUCUUAAACAAAACUUCUAUGUUCAGUUUAAAAGUGAAGUCAAAAACUAUGCACAUUAAUGGUCAUUAAUUAAGUUUGAGAAGAUAUUUCAUUGCACCUCUUAUCUGGUUGGCCUAUUCCUGUUGGUGUUGUUGUUGGUGUUCCUGUAUGAGAUUUCAUGCUGCACACUGGCAUGCUGGAACAUCAAGCCAGUGCCUGGAACAGCAUUUUAUCAGACCAUUGAAACCUGAUAACCAUGCAAUCUAUUUAUCAACUGUCAUUUGAGGAUUAAGUUCAAAGUUAACGGAAGUUUUACAACAUCCUGUUUAUUAGAGACUGGAAUGUAAAGAAUGUAUUUUUUUUGGCACACUAUGAGGCUAAUCAGGAAUUUAAAGCCUGUAUGUAUGCAGAGGAAAACUAAGAAUUCCCUGAUUUGAACUGGAACCUGGGGGGUCAUGCUGUUUUUGUCUUUCCUUUGUCCCAGAGGUUGCAGGUUUGCAGGCUGUAUGAAUAUUUUUUUCCUCUUUGACUGCAACAAAAACCAGGUUUGCCAAAGUUACUGGCUUAUCAUUUAUUUGACCAUGUGAUCUGCCAUGCGCUGUUGUGGCCGGGAUGAGGAAACCAAUAAAAAAAAAAUA